AUGAAACAAUUUGAUGAUGCCCUUUCAAUUACUGUUGCUGUAAUGAUUGUAGUUACUGUUGGUUUUGUACAGGAAUAUAGAUCUGAGAAAACUUUGGAGAAACUGAAUAGGCUUGUGCCUCCAACUGCACAUUGUAUUCGUGAUGGAAAAAGUGUUACUUUUUAUGCAAAAGAGCUUGUUCCAGGUGAUCUUGUUUUGCUUAAUACGGGUGAUAGAGUGCCUGCAGAUUCAAUUCAACUUCAAAUUGACGAAUCUUCCUUUACUGGGGAAAAUGAAGCGAGAUAUAAACAUUCAAAUUUAAUUUCAGCAAAUUCAAGAACUCCCCAUGUAAAUGGAAUUAUAGUUAAUGGACAUUGUAAUAUUGAAUGUGAUGGGGGGAUUGAACAUUUGGACAAUAUUGCUUUUAUGGGGACUUUGGUUUGCUCUGGAAGAGGAAAGAAAUUUGGUGAAGUUUUUCAAUUAAUGCAAUCUGAGGAAUCUCCAAAAACCCCACUUCAAAACAGUAUGGAUCAAUUAGGAAAACAAUUGUCUUUUUAUUCUUUGGGGGUUAUUGGCCUAAUUUUCUUUAUUGGAUUAAUUCAAGGAAGGCCAGCAAUGGAUAUGUUUACAAUUGGUGUUAGUCUUGCUGUUGCUGCAAUUCCUGAAGGUCUUCCAAUUGUUGUAGCAGUUACUUUAGCUAUUGGUGUUAUGAGGAUGGGAAAUCGAAAUGCUGUAGUUAAAAAAUUGUCAGCAGUGGAAACCCUUGGAUGUGUAACUGUUAUUUGUUCUGACAAAACAGGAACUCUUACAAAAAAUAUGAUGACUGCUUGUGUUGUUAUUGCAGCAGAUGAUUGUCAUGCAGAGGUAACCGGUACUGGUUAUGACCCUUCUGAUGGGGAUUGUCGUCUUCAAAACGGCGAAUUAGUUUCUGGAAGUGAACGUCACCCUUCUAUAGCUUGUGUCAUUGAAAUUGGCUGUGUAUGUAAUAAUGCACAAUUGGCAAAUGGGACAGUUAUUGGGCAACCAACAGAAGGAGCUUUAAUGGUUUUGGCGAUGAAAACAAAUAUGGAUACUUUGUGUAAUAAUAUUCGACGUCUUCAUGAAAUACCUUUCACUUCUGAUAGUAAAUGGAUGGCUGUUCAAGUAGAACAAUUAAAUAAGGUUUGUCAGAAUUUUUGUUUCUUUAAUUAA